AUGUUAAUAACAUGAGAAAUAGUUUUCAUAGACAAACCUUUCUGCAUCAAAGCCUACAGGAAAGAUAGAAAUAAAACAGUGAAAAUAAACUGCAUUGAUGAGAGAAUAACCUGGGUCUCCCAACCUGACCAGAAUGCUGCCCAUCAGAUUGAUCUAGUGACCAUCGGUCAUGAUGCUGUUUUAAUGAAGUACCACAAACUAAGUGGCUUAAACGAUAGAAAGUAUUGUCUCGGAGUUUUGGAGGCUAGAAUUCCAAGAUCACGGUGUCAACAGGUGGCCCCUGAGGUGACCCUGUUUCAAAGCAAGAAUAAAACUGUGGUGUGCAAGGCAAUUGCAGGGAAGCCAGCUGCACAGAUCUCCUGGACCCCAGAAGGAGAUUGUGUCACUGAGCAAGAAUAUCUGGACAAUGGCACAGUGACUGUCCAGAGUACAUGCCACUGGGCAGAUAGCGAUGUGUCUACUGUGUCCUGUUCUGUCUCCCAUUGGACUGGCAACAAGAGUCAGUCCAUAGAGCUGAGUCAAGGUGUCGGAAUCCUGAAAUUGCCCAUGUUGUAUCUACUGGUAAUUCUCUAUGUGAAACUCUCUAUUUUCUUGGCUAUCCUGGUCAUUGGGACGUUCAUCUGCUUCCAGAGGAUAAAUGGUUGCAGUGAGUUUUUAUUUGCAAAUGACCCUGCUUCUUAUCCUAAAGAAGAAGAUGACUUAGCCAAAAUCAAAUAA